CCUCUCGGUGCUGAUCUGCAAGAAAAAGCACGGAUUGUCAACAAACAGUACAGCGUCGAAUUUUAUUCAUUUUUAGUCUUAAGCUCCUGAAUUCGGCAGACAGAGGAUCAUCCAGAGUAAAGACAUUAUGGACCGUUCCCCUACCACCAGUAGCUUGAUGGCCAGCAACGUGACCAAUAAAACGGACCCUCGUUCCCUGAACUCCAGGGUGUUCAUCGGGAACCUGAACACCAUGCUGGUGACCAAGGCCGACGUGGAGGCCAUCUUCAGCAAGUACGGGAAGAUCGUGGGCUGUUCCGUACACAAGGGCUACGCGUUCGUCCAGUACGCCAACGAGAGGAACGCCCGGGCCGCAGUGGCCGGGGAGGACGGACGCAUGAUCGUGGGACAAGUGCUUGACAUUAAUCUGGCCGGCGAGCCGAAACCCCACCGGUCGAAGACCAUCAAGCGCUCCGCAGCCGACAUGUACAGCUCUUCCUUUGAUCUGGACUACGACUUUCAGAGAGAUUAUUACGACAGGGUGUACUCGUACCCAUCCCGCGUCCCCCCACCUCCUCCGCCGCUGUCGCGGGCGGUCAUCCCCUCCAAACGACCCAGGGUCAGCGUGAGCGGAAGCAGCAGACGCACCAAGAGCUUCUCCUCCAAGAGCAGCCAGCGCACCUCCCGCACCAUGAGAGCAGAUGAUCUGCAGACCAUAAAGAAGGAGCUGACACAGAUCAAACACAAAGUCGACUAUCUGCUGGAGAGCCUGGAGCGCAUGGAGAGAGAGCACAGCAAGAAGUCAGAAGCCAAGAGCAUUAAGACAGAGGAGGCGUCGCCCCAGCAUUCCAGCGCAAAGAAGGACAGGGAGAGCCUGGAGCUCAACGACUAUGAGGAAGAGGGAGAUCUGCUGGAGGAAGAGGAGAUCAAGAGUCGAGGCAGAGAGGAGGACGAUGAGGAAGAGGAAGGAGAGCAAGAGGAAGGAGAGGAUGAUGGAGACAGUGCAAAUGGAGACCACUCUUAAAAUGAACACACACACACAGAGACACACACACACAUCCACACAAAGAACUCUCGAAGAGAGAGUACCUACAACUACAAACCGUAUAUACACGCAUGUACACAUUCAGAGAUGUGUUUUUACAAUUUGGUCAGACAUAACAAACAUCGAGUCUACAGAACUUGCACACUUUUAAGGACUUCUGCUGUCUAUUUCAAAUAGAUCUAUACAGAACACUCUGUGAUGUUUCUCUCUCUCUUUUUUUUUUCUUUGUUUUUUAUUUUGAUCGGAGUUCUCUCGUUUUUUGAUAUCUGUGAUUUCUAACUGUUCUCUCUGUUUGUAACACCCCCCCUCUCCCCCCACAAACUCUCUCUGCUUUUCUCUUCCUUUCUUUUCUUGAAUGAUUUACUGGUCAAAGUGGAAGAACAAAGUCUAAAUAGCACACGCCACAAUGCAGCACUACCACCCCUGUCCAGGAGGUGGCAGUGAGACAUGUAACUUUACCCCGUAACAAAAACAGUUCCUUGCCUAAAAGGGGGCACAUUUCUGGAAGAGGGAGAGAGAGAGAGAGAGAGGGAUGAAUGUGUUUAGAGAAAAAAGACAACGCGUCCAGAUUGUACAGUAUAUUUCACGUUUAUUUUUUUCUUGUCUUGGUUCGUAUUGUGUAUGUAUAGUGACACUAAAAAGUAUAGAGUAGAUCUUUCAAAAAAGUUCCAUACAUCUGAAAGUGUUGCCGUUUGUUUUUACGUUUUUGUUUUUGUU